UUUUUCAAUGUAUGUUAUCGGUCUUUGAUUUACUAUAAUAAAUAUUAAUAAUAACACAAGAGUAUACAGUUUAUUUCCUUUUUUUCCUACGAUUAUUUAGAUGUUUGCAGUGGGCUACAGUCGUCAAAUGUCUCGUUAUAAUUGCCGUAUAAUAACGUUGUUGUUGAAUGUACUUUUGAAACAUGAAUAUGAUGGGCCGGAACGUACAUAAACGUCCAAGUCAUAAGACGUUGUAACCCUGUGCAAACAAAUACGUUAGUAAUAUGUGACGGAACGUUUUUAAACGUUAACGACGUUACACGUUGGUCACACAAAUAUAAACGUAUACAUGCUCUCAUACGACGCAACGUUUAUAAACGUUAACGUCAUACAACGUUGGGUACGUAUAUAUGUACAUAUAUCGAUGGCAUACGACGGAACGUUUAUAGACGUUGACGUUAUUAAACGUUGUCACUCAAGCAUAAAUUAUGUUUUCCUCAAAUGUGACGGAACGUUAAUAGACGUUGACGUGAUCAGACGUUGUUUCCUUAUUUAUAAGCAAAAAUUGGUGACAUAUGGCUGAACGUUUGUAGCCGUAGACGUUACUGAACGUUUGUGUCACGUUUUAAAUGAUCGUUUCACAAGUUAAAAGCAGUACGUAUAUUAACGUCAGUUUAUUUUGUAUGGGAAAAUAAUGUGUCACUCUAAGUACUAUUGGUGAAGUGGGGUGCUCGCGCGAAAGUGUUAAAUCAUGUCAAAUAUCCUCGGAAGUUUAACCGCGUUUGACCACAAUUCCCAGGAAUGGGAGAUUUUUAAAAGCAGAUUAGUGCAAUAUGUUAAGUUAAAUAAGGUGACCGAGGACAAUAAGUGUGCUUUGCUUUUAACUCAUUUAAGUGACGAGACAUACCGACUGGUAAGGAACUUAGUGCAUCCGAAGAAGGUCGAGGAUUCUAAGUUCGAGGAGCUAGUAGCUGCGUUAGAUAAACAAUUAGCGCCAAAACGUUGUAUUUUCGUCGAACGGGCGAAAUUUUACGAGGCGACGCGUGACGUUGCAGAAAACAUCGAACAAUGGGCGGCUCGAAUAAGUGAACUUGCUGUACGCUGCGAGUUUGGAGCCCCCUUGGAUGAGCUGCUUAGGGACAGAUUCGUGCUGGGGCUGAGCGUAGGCCCAGAGCGCGACCGGCUGUUCGAGCAGGAUGCUGCCACGUUGACGUUCGCGAAGGCCGUGGAAGUGGCCCAGAAGGCUGCGUAUGCUAGAAGCGCACGUACUACGUCUGUUCCUGCUGCCGUCGUGCAAGUGAAGCAGGAGCCGAUGUACCGGGUUGGUACUAGUCGCCCUGGUACCGGGGGGUCCUCCGACUCUCGACGCUGCUCCGUGUGCGGGCUUAAGAGCCACGACGCAAGUAAAUGUAAAUACAAGAACUACCGCUGCCAGGUGUGUGGACAAAAAGGGCACUUAAAAAAGGUGUGCAGCGCUGAGAAGGCGAAACAGUGUCGUGUUAACUGCAUUCAAGCUGACCUUGAUGGAUCAGCUGAGGUCUCUCAGAGUGCUGAAGGUUGCAAGGAGUGCGAGCUAUUUAAUUUAAGGUACGUUAAUAAUGCACCAAUAUUAUUGGAAGUGGACCUUAACGGUAAAAACUUAACAAUGGAACUUGAUUGUGGUUCAGGGCCGAGUGUGAUAAGUGAUAAAUUAUAUUAUAAAACCUUUUCGGACUGUAAAUUAAAAAAAUGCGAUAUGAGAAUGUGUUUCUACAAUGGUCAUCAAGUCGCGCCAUUAGGCUAUUUCACUACAAAAAUAACAUAUUUAAAAAAAACACAUGACAUCGAUAUUUAUGUAAUGGAGGAUGGUAGUCGGUUAGGUCUAUUGGGCCGUGACUUUAUGACCAAGUUUAACAUGUAUUUUGCUAUUGAUGAACAAAAAAUUAAUUUUGUUAGUUCGGAAUCGUUUCGAAGUGAGCUACCGCGGUUGCUGAGCGAAUAUUCGAGCCUUUUUAAUGAAGACUUAGGAAAAUUUAACAAAUUUCAAGUAGAAUUAAAAUUAAAAGAUAAUGUUACACCUAAAUUCUUUAAACCUCGUACAGUUCCUUUUGCUAUUAAAAAUAGGGUAGAGGAAGAAAUUGAUAGGCUUGUUGGUUUAGGUAUAUUGGUACCCGUAAAUUUUUCUAAAUAUGCGACACCUAUAGUGCCCGUUUUGAAGGACAACGGUAAAAUUAAGAUAGCGGGUGAUUUUUCCGUAACGCUCAAUAAAGAUAUGAUAAUAGAUAGGUACCCUAUGCCCCGCAUCGAAGAGGUGUUUGCGCGGCUCGGUGGCGGUAAUCGUUAUACGAAACUCGACCUUAGUAACGCAUAUAAUCAAUUCGUUUUAUCAGACGACUCACAAGAGCUCACUACUAUAAAUACAUCAAAAGGGUUAUAUAAGUAUACGAGGCUCGUAUAUGGACUAGCUAACGCGCCGGCUAUUUUCCAGCGCACAAUGGAGACACUCCUAGUAGGUAUAGAAGGAGUCAGCUGUUGGCUCGAUGACGUAUGCGUAACAGGACCUACUGAUGAAUUACAUUUAUCGCGAUUACGGGAGGUUUUAAAAAGGUUUUUAUGACUCGGGGUUACGAUUGCAAAAAAGUAAAUGUGACUUUUUUAAAAAUAGUGUAACAUAUCUCGGUUUUGUAAUAGAUAAAAAUGGUCUACGUGCAUGCCCCAAGAAAACCGAGGCUAUUUUAAAUGCCCCUAAACCGGCAAAUAUUUUAGACGUCCAGCGAUUUUUAGGUAUGGUCAAUUAUUACCGCGGUUUCGUACCUAACGCGUCAGGCAUGUUGAGCCCUCUCCACGAAUUAUUGCGCAACGGGGCUAAAUGGGAGUGGGGUUCCCGACAGCAAGAGGCUUUUGAAAGCGUAAAAAAAGAAUUGUGUUCUGAUCGGGUACUGGGUCAUUUUGACCCCGCGGCACAGCUAGUGUUAUCGGUAGAUGCUGGGCCUGGUCUUGGCGCCGUGCUGAGUCAGCGUGAUCCCCAAACGGGAGCGGAACGUCCACUUGCUUUUGCCUCGCGAUCGUUAACGGCUAGUGAGCGAAAUUACAGCCAAAUUCAGAAGGAAGCUACUGCCUUAAUAUUUGGAGUAAAGCGCUUCCACCAGUAUUUAUAUGGUAGACAGGAGCCAUUUAUUUUAAAAACGGACCAUCGACCUUUAUUAUCAAUUUUUGGUAAAAAGGUUGGGAUAUCCGUAAUGGCGGCGUCUCGACUUCAGCGUUACGCGAUUAUACUGUCGGCCUAUAAUUACGACGUACAAUACAUAAGUGGCUCGAAAAAUAUAGUAGCGGAUUAUUUCUCUCGCGCGCCGCUGCCGGAAUGUGAUGAUGAAGAGGAAGAGGGAGAAAUAUCUUUUCUAAAAUUUUUAGACGCAAAUGUGGCACCAGUAACAUUUGAUGACUUAAGGAAUGCUACCGAAGCUGAUCCAGUGUUGCAAACUGUGAUUAAGUAUAUGAGCCACGGAUGGCCACGAAAAAUCACUUGCAGUUCAGUUAUGCCUUUUUUUAAUUGCAAAGCUGACUUGGAAGUAGAUAACGGUUGCUUGUUCCGUGGCCAUCGGGUAGUUAUUCCAACGCCGUAUCGUAAUCAGAUAUUACAGGACUUGCAUUCUGGUCAUUUAGGUAUAGUAAAAACAAAGAGUAUCGCGCGUAGUAAAUUGUGGUGGCCAAAAAUUGAUUCCGAUAUCGAACAAUGGAUAGGAUCAUGUGCAGUUUGUGUGGCUGCGCGACCAUCCCCUCCUCGCGCCGCGCCCGCGCCUUGGCCUCGCCCUUCGGCCGCUUGGCAUAGGAUACAUAUCGACUACAUGUCGUUUGAGCAGCGGGUAUACUUAAUAGUUAUAGAUGCGUAUAGCAAAUGGCUCGAAUGUUUGUUUAUGAAAAGCGGUACGUCUACACGAUCUCUAAUAAAC